CGGCUUCCCCACCGUACCCAUCACGUCCGUCAUGGCUGUGGAUAGAGGCGGCUACCUCAUAAGGGAUAUAAACAUGGCUUCCUCUGCUCCAUUCACCCCGGCUACUUAUCUCCCUGUUGUCCCAUAGUAACUGAUGACUUGGCACAGUAUGUGGUAAUGGCAGAGGUGGCUGCCCAGUGGUGCCAUACACGUCAUACCUCUAACAAGAUGCCAGGAGAGCUGUGCCCUUUCAGCAAAAUGAGGAAUGGCAUGUGUGACACUACCAGGGUUCUUUCUAUGCCCUUUGUUAUUGUUGGUAUAGUGGUCCCAUCAGUUAGGAUACCUUCACACCACAUUUAUGCCUUCUAGAGCACAGAUUUAUGGGCAACAAGUCAAGAAAUUGAAUGUGUAGUGAAUAGUAUAUCACAGGAAUAACAGUAAAUUUGGUGAUUGAUUUAACUCAGUGUCACAUCUUAGUUGCUGGAGACACUAGCAUCUAGGUUCACCCUCCUCGUUUCCAGAAAUCUUUAAAAAUAUAAUCUUGAUAUUGCCUCUGUGGACUACAGAAAAGAGGAAAUGUGGAAUGAUGAUAGAUAUGAUUAUGAACGGUUACCAAGACAUAGGCUCCCACCUCGUGAAUCGCCACCUGAUGGAGAUUUUCACAGAGUUGUAAAUGUGGUAAGAAGACCAGAGGAUGAAGGGUAUCAUCGGUAUGAAGAGUAUAGUGAUCCAGAUUACAGAGAAUAUGAGGAUGCCCAUGCAUAUGAAAGACGGAGUGGGCCAUAUAGAGGGGAAGAACCAGUAUAUAGGUGGGCAAGAGGAGAGCCACACGUGAAUCGACACCCAGAAUACAGAGAAAGCAGAGAAACCUUCAGAAGAAAACCCAUCUAUCCCCCUGUCUAUAUGCGGGAUCGCUCACCACACAGAAGAGAGUCUCCAUAUUUCCGGGAAUCUCCAAUUACUCGAAAAGAUUCUCCACACAGCAGAUCUGGCUCCAGUGUCAGUAGCAGAAGUUAUUCUCCAGAACGGAGAAAAACAUUUCCCUCCCAUCAACACAGAAGUAAAGAAAGACCUGGCACACAUACUCUAAGAUCAUCUAAAGAUGCAUCUCCAUCAAGCUCAGUAGGCAUUCCUCCAGCAAAGAGUAUAGAAAUAGAUAAAGGGAGUCGUCUGGCGGACAGUGCUUUAAUGGAAGCCGCUUCUAAAUGGAUUUCUGAGAAAGCGUCUGACAUCAACUUACCAGAUGCAACAGAAGAACUUGCUGGCUCAUCAUCUGCAUUAUAUGCUGAUCAUACAGCAGACAAUGAAGCAAGCAUUUCUGUGAAUCCAGAACUCUAUGAACCUUCACCACUUGGCAACCGUUCAAAAGCAAUAGCAGCUAAAACAAAGGAAAUAGAAGAGGUCUACAGGCAGGACUGUGAGACUUUUGGCAUGGUUGUGAAGAUGCUCAUAGAAAAGGACCCUACACUUGAAAAGCAGAUCCAGUUUGCUUUACGGCAAAAUUUAAGUGAGAUUGGAGAGAGAUGUAUUGACGAGUUAAAACUGUAUAUUGCAGAAUAUGACGCUGCACAACAAGACCUGGCAUAACUUCGGAAGUAGAAGCAAACAAUAUGCCAUAUUUUUCAGACUGUCUCUUUAGGAUUUAUGUCUAAUGUUAUGGGUAUUGGUAAUGAGUUUACUAGAGCAGAUAUGUUUUUCCAUCACGUUACAUAAUCUUAACACUUUAAUGUAAAUAAUUAUUAGGUCACCUUUAUUUUAAUCAAGGUUAUAUUUUUUAUUUUACUUUUUUUAAACUUGUUCUACUGCAUCGGUUUAUGUUAAUUUGUUAUGUUUCCAGUAAAGUGACUUUGUAGUUCGAGAGUCUGGUCCAUUUUUAAACCAACUAAAAGCUGUAGAAUAUUUCAAGACUUCUAUUUAAUAAAUCAAUCUGAGAUCUCCUAUUUCUGAAUAUAUAUACCUAACCUAUUUUGUUACUUUACAUGCAAAAGCUGAUUUUUGUGAUUUUCAAAUCAAUUUGAUAUUGUAUAUUUAAAAAGUACAUCCAGAAUAUCGGAGAAAUAAAUAUCAUAUGGACCUCA